UUAUUCAAGCAGGUUUAAAUGCACAAUUGACCCCUCUAAAUACAGAUCCUAAUGGUUAACCCAAAAACAAAAACUGUGUGGUUGGAAUGCAGCGUGAUCGUAAAACAAAACCUUCACUGGUCUUACCAAUAAUAACAGCUUAUACAUUGUGACUGGAGAGAGUAAUUCACGUUAUAUCCUAGUAGAUAUCAGAACACGAUAGUUAAGAUGUCGACAGGGAGAUUAUCUAUUUUAUUUUCGUUAUUGACGAUUACAACGUUUAUUGACGUUGAUGCCAAGAUCGUAGCACGGGCAACCUGCGAUGACGACAUGUAUUUUUACGCGGAUGGCGUUUUAAUGACAAAUCAUAGUGAUUGGUCAAACCCAACACAAAUAGACCUUCCUGACAACACGACAGUUCUUGGAGUACAUUGUGUGGACACAGGAGGCAUUGCUGGUAUCUACGUUACUUACACUUUAAAUAAAUUUUAUAAAACGGACACAUCAUGGAAAUGUUCAGCAAAAUUUGAACAAAACUGGAAUACACCCGGGUUUGAGGACGGGAACUGGGAUGCUGCUUCAAUAGCGCAUGAAUCAAUUCGCAAGCGAACCGAUUGGAUAUGGACAUCUGGCUACAGAGGAGAAGACACAGAUGUAUAUUGUAGGAAGAAAAUACAAGAUCAACCAAUAAUAAGAACAAUAACAUCUGAUGCCGUUGACAAAAUAUUAAUAGAUGAAAACGCCAGUGUUACUAUUAACUGUUUGGUUGAAAGUAUCCCGGCGGCACGUGUAUCCUGGUCCAGAUCACAACAAGGGGGACAACUCUAUUCUGGUAGUCAAUAUACCAUACCGAAAGCUAGUUGUCAACAUACAGAUAACUAUACCUGUACAGCUAGUAAUAAUAUUGGCCAACCUGUAUCUAAAACUAUUCCACUCGUUGUAAGAUGUACCCCAGUUGUUAUGACUACCCAGACUAUAGUUGUUGUAACUAAGGAUGUUAUAGUUGUACCACGCGGAGAAACCGCUGUAAAGGAAGCUGUAAAGGAAGCUGUCGAUGACAAGAUGUCUAAAGAGGACACAUUAAAGGAGGCUGUCGAUGACAAGCCGUGUAAAGACACAGUAAAAGAAGCUGUCGAUGACAAGAUGUCUAAAGAGGGCAUAGUAAAGGAAUCAGUCGAUGACAAGCUAGGAGUUGGUAUAGCUAUAGGUGUUAGUAUUGGUCUGGUUGUUUCAGGUGUCUUAUCUGUUAUUAUAUGGGGCAUAAGAAAGAGAAGAGAUGCCAUUAUGUCAAAUGAUGGACACGGUGUUAAUGACACAGUAAGCUCCCAGUCCAGAGAUAAUACCACCAGACAUUGUAAUAGUCCUGUAGAUACUGGUGAUUCUGUAGAAUAUGUAAACACGAUAUAUACCCCUACUUCCUCCGACUACGAAGGACUGGAUGAACUUACUAUGGACCACCGACCGAACAUCUAUCUACCACUCUCGAACAAGAGACAGGGUCGUUGAGUCUUAUACGUAUAACUCAAUACACACAACCAUAUCGUCAAAAUUACGGAAUGACUGGAUGAAUACUUUGAUGUCACCAGUCGUUUUAAUAUUUAAAGAGAUUUUAUUUUCUGAAUAAUGAAUAAUCAUGUUAUAAACAAGCACUUCCUCUUUUUCAUUUGUUAUGAAUAGUGUGUAUAUAACUUAUUUUCUUUAUAUGAUUUUUCCCCAUUAUUUCAUAACAUGUACAAAACAGUUUAUGAUAUGUUUUAUAUUCCUUGUAUGAGUAGAGGUGUGAUAUAGGCUAUGUCUGUUCCUUGAUUCGCUUUUAUAUAUUUAAAAAAAAUAUUGUUACCCCCCCCCUUCCUCAAAAAAAACCCCUACAACACAAACAAUAUCAAAUCUAAAAUAACUGCUGUAUGGUGUACCACACGGCUCUGUAUUAGGUCUAAGGGAUCGAUCUAGUUCUGAAAUUUGCAAAUGAUAACUGUGUAUUGACCAGCGCAUUUUGUAACCAAGCUGGGGCACUGGGACAUAAGGAGAGGUGGUCUACCCUCGAGCGAGAGAUAUUUCUUGAAUACCCUUUUAUGAGAGUUUUUUUAGAUAAGGACGCGCUGUACUGUUUGUUACAAUUGUGAUUUUAGCUGAAUAGUACCAAGUAUCAAAUAGUACCAACAGUCCGUAAUUCUCACUGUAUAUCAUUGGCAUUUCCCAAUUAUUUAGUGGGCGAUUUUGACAGCAGAGGGUUAUUUGCCGGUAUCUAUCAUUCUCCCAAAACGGAGAAUGGCGAACGCCAAAAAAUAGUGAUAAUGUGACUUGAUGAUCGGGAUUCCUUUAUUUCCCGCGUAAUUUUUAUUCUGCUAUAAAAAUUAGAACUACCGGAAAUUUCACAACGAAACGAAGAAAUGCUGUAUGCAGGUAAUACGAGAAGGCGUCUAUUUUAAAUGUCAUUUCAAGACAUGUCUUCUCUUAAUUCAUUAAAUUUUCGCUUAUCUGUGUUGCUUUUUUUUGUAUUUUUUUGUAUGAAAAUAAUAAAUGCCAAAUUCUU